AGUCGCGGACACUUCCGCCUGGGCGCCGCCGGGGCAGGGGAAUUCUGGGAGGUGUAUUUCCAGCGUUGCGCUUCCUCCCUGGGCGCCCAGGUGACCGUCUGCGCUCCCUGCUCUGCGACACUCCCAGGCACAGUUCUACCUGCCAGGACUCUCCAUAUCUCAGCCAGGACCUACAUUUGCAGAAGUAAGAAGACAAGAAUGACCACACUUAAGGAGGAAGUGACGUUCCAGGACGUGGCUGUGGUCUUCACGGAGGAGGAGCUGGGGCUGCUGGAUCCGUCCCAGAGGAAGCUGUACCGAGACGUGAUGCUGGAGAACUUCCGGAACCUGGUCUCAGUGGGAGGCAAGAUUCAAUAUGAGAUGGAGACUCUUACAGAACUAGAACCACAUGAAGAACUUUCCUGUUGGCAAAUAUGGCACCAAAUUGCAAGUGACCUAAUCAGGAGCCAAGACUCCAUGAUCAAGAGUUCUCAGUUCCCUAAACACGAUGAUUCAAUCAGCCAGGUUGGGGCAGGACUAUCUAUAACUCACACAGGCCAGAAACCGUACUGGGGAAAUGAAUCUAACAGAUUCUUUUAUGAUAUCUUCAACUUUGAUCUUCAUCAACAGAUACACUCAGGAGAGAAGUCUCAUACAUGUGGUGAGUGUGGAAAAAGCUUCUUCUUUAGCUCAGGGCUCCGUAUUCAUCAGAGAGUUCACUUGGGAGAGAAAUGCUAUAAGUGUGAUAAGUGUGGUAAGGAAUUCAGUCAGAGCUCACGUCUGCAAACCCAUCAGCGAGUCCACACGGUAGACAAACCAUUUAAAUGUGAGCAGUGUGGGAAAGGAUUCAGUCGUAGGGCAACCCUUAGUGACCAUUGCAAAUUACACUCAGGAGAGAAACCUUAUAAGUGUGAGGAAUGUGGGAGGACCUUCCUUCGUGCUUACCAUCUUUACAACCAUCAGAGGGUCCACACGGGGGAGAAACCGUUCAAAUGCGAUAUAUGUGGGAAGAAAUUCCGUCGUAGGUCAGCACUUAAUAGUCACUGUGUGAUCCACACGGGAGAGAAACCGUACAAAUGUGAAGAGUGCGGGAAGUGCUUCAGUUGGUGCUCACAUCUUUACAUCCAUAAGAGCAUCCACACGGGACAGAAAUCAUACAAAUGUGACAAGUGUGGAAAGAGCUUCUACUCUAAGACAGAACUCUAUCGGCAUCAGAGGUUUCACACGGAAGAGAAACCCUAUAACUGUGCGGAGUGUGGGAAGAGCUACAGGUGGGCCUCCCUUCUUCUGGCCCAUCAGCAAGUCCACAGCGGGGAAAAGCCGUUCACGUGUGAGGAGUGUGGGAAGAGCUUUGGUCGGAAAGCCUACCUACAAGCUCACCUAAAAGUCCACACAAGAGAAAAGCCAUUUAAAUGUGAGGAGUGUGGGAAGGGCUACAAGACCAGCUUGGAUCUGGAAGUGCAUCGGAGCAUCCACACAGGAGAGAAGCCAUACACAUGCUGGGUGUGCGGCAAGCACUUAAGUAGGGCCUCACACCUUAAGCUUCAUCAGAGAGUCCACACUGGAGAGAAGCCGUACAAAUGUGAUGCGUGUGGUAAACUUUUCACUCAGUUUUCACAUCUACAGUCUCAUCAGAAAGUUCACACAAAGGAGAAGCCUUACAAGUGUGAGGUAUGCGGUAAGCGCUUCAAGUCAAGGUCAUACUUUAGACUUCAUUGCAGAAGCCAUGUCCGUGAUAAAUUGCAUCCAUUCUCAGAGGAAGGAAAACCUUUGUUUCAUUAAAGUGAAUGUCUCAGCCAUGGUGCAACAUAUCCCAGUGAUUCUGAGACUACACAAGUGUUGCGGUGAGGGCAUGAGGGCAGGGAGCGUGUUAACAUUGAUUAGCACUUCGUAUAUGUAUUCAGUACUCGUUUGUGAAAUCAGUCAAAGGAAGAAAAUAUAUAUAAUAUUUUUAAAUUGUAUCUGGAAGAGGAAACCUGCAAAAAAUAAUUCAGGGAAACAAACAUGAGUUGAAAUACAGAAGUGCACUGGCUCCUGCACGCCGCAGCGUUAUUUUGGUAGUAUCCUGGCAGUUGGCUCCUGGCCUACCCUCUGGCUCUGUUCUGAGGUUGGGUUCUUAUUAUUUGGGUUUCUGCCUGGUGUUCCGUUAGUAUAUAUAAUAUAAAUUCAUCUUUUGGUUUUUCUCACAGUGCAAACAGUUUUAACUUUGCAAUAACUGGCUACUGCACAUAUCACAAUUGACAUUUUCAACAGUGUUAAGGCAAGAGUUCAAAGUAACCCAUUAAAAGGGUCAGAUUUAGCCCUGACUGGUUUGGCUCAGGGGAUAGAGCGUCAGCCUGCGGACUGGUUGGGGCUAUGCCAAAUUUGAAAGACAUUUAGUUUCUCAACUUCCUAUAUUCUUCCCUUAUCCCCAUGAAAGAAAUACCAGAAAAACUUGUUGGGAUUUGGUAAUUUCAUCAAAUGUAUUCAUUACUGGCACUGGAAUGCCAUUUACAUGCUUUUCUGUUUUGGUAAACACACAUCUUUGGAAAACAGAUAUAACAAUGUGUAAUUUAGAAGUCAUAGUUUAAGAAUUUAAGAUCAUGAGAUUCAAAUAAUUUUUUAAUACCACAUCAGUAAUGCCACACAAUUUUUAGAAUGGAAUUAAGUGUUCAUCAGUAGAAAUUUGUUUAAGUUAUAUAUUUCCAAAAUAACUUGGAGUCGUUAAAGUGAUGACAAGGACAUGUAAUAACAGAAAAAGAACAUACUAUGGGCUUUGUGAACUCAGACUGUGGCCUUCAUAAUAGAAUUAAGUUCAUAAAUCUGUGUAUGUGUGUAUAAAAAUAAAAUGUGGGAGUGAUACUGGUA